CAUCCAAACCUCGGUUUUUUUGGUGACGGCCAGUUCAACAUGCACUAUGUCGAGGGCAAGUGGCUCCCGGAGUCGGAGCGGCUGCUCCAGUUGUCGCCGCCGGAAACGCCGAUGUGAUGAGGAGAAGCCCGUCUGCCAGAGCUGCCGCAGGUUAAAGUCUGAUUGCGUGUAUCCGAUCACCGGAUCUGCGUCAAACCCUCUGAAGUUCGUUGUGGCCACAUCACCAGACCACUACAUCAUCCCCGUCGAAGAACAGACUCGCAAACCAAGAUUUCUGCACCUCUCGUCCCACGAGCUAGGCAGCCUCUGUCCUAGAUUUGCGGAUACCGCGGUUGCGGAGAAAGGACCUGGCGAACCCGGCCACGUGGAAGGGGACCCUGAUGUUGCUCUCAUACUCCCAGAUGGACCGCAAUGGGACAGCCAACUCCAAUUGAGCCAUCAGAUGCCUCGCCACAUGACGCGGUUUAUAUUCAACGAUGGGCGAGAACCCCUCUGGACUGUCGAGGCCGCCCUCAUGCAAUAUUAUGCUGAAGUUGUCAGCAGUAGCAAAGUCUAUGUCCAGACUGAUCGGAAUUCCUUCCGCACCUCGGUCAUGCCACGGGUGUUGUUUCACCAAGGUCCUUUGCUCUUCACCGUACUCGCUAUGAGUGCUGCUGAAUGGGGACAGAAUUCUACUGGGAAUGGAAGAGAUUAUCGCGCACUGUCAGCCCGUUACAAGGUGCAAGCACUACAUGAACUUCAGCUUUGCCUGUCGGACUCUGGAAACUCUGAGGAGAACCUUUUGACUUGUGUCCUCUUGGCCUCGUUGGAAAUUGCCGAAGGGUCACGCCCGACCUGGCUCAGGCACUUACAGGGGGCGCUUGCUCUUCUCGACAAUUUUUCCACAUCGAUUGACCCAGCUGUGGCAAAAUUCGCCGUCCAGUAUUUCCGCUUCAGGUACAUCCUAUUGGAAACAACGCAGCCAAAGAAGAUCGCUCUAACGACGAGUUCUAACCCACAUGCCGUGUCCUAUCACCAUGCAAUAAACCAUAUUGCAGAGGCAGAAUAUGCUCUGCCACUUAUUCAAGGCUCAGAAAGCCUGGUAGAUGAACACAUCGGCUGUUCUAUGGAAUUGGUCGACAUUAUCAACCAGACAUCGGCUUUAUCUUUGGCAACCGAUCCAUACAUCGACCAAGAUAUGUUACUCGACCAGUGCCAUACGGAAUGCGAACGCCUGGAGCGCAGACUCUUGCAGCUUUCACCGGAGAUUGUCGACAUGAGCAACGACUACCUACUAAAAAGUGCAGAGUCGUUCCGGGUCGCUGCUCAAAUCUAUCUCCGACUCACAUGUCUCGAUGCUUCAAUAACCCAGCCAUCGAUUGUAGAGCCACACAAAGAGCUUCUGUCCUGCCUCUCUGAUAUCAUCGUCGAGGGCGAAUCUCGUCGGUCAUUCCCCAUGUGGCCACUCUUCAUCGCCGGGUGUGCUUGUUUUUCAGACGAACAGCGUAAAACGGUGCUUGGUCUGUUCUCCAUUCUAGCCAGCAAAUGGCCAAUAAGCAACAUUUCGGCCGUGUGGAAGGCAGUGCGGACCGUGUGGCACACUCGGGAUCUCGCCGUAUCACCUGCAUCGUGCAAAGAGCAGGACUGGCAGGACGUCAUCCACAGAUUUGGAUGGAAACUUUCGCUGUCAUAAAUAUGCCUAUCAGCUCGUUACAUGUUGUGAUUCUGCCCGUUAAUCUACAAUCGAGCUCUCAAAACCGUGUUGCUCUCCGCUUCAAGCUCUGACAGUUCCUUCGCUGUGCCAGCUCUACGACUUACAGCGUCGCCCCAGUUGGAACUCUGUUUCUCAGGGCUAUUUCACUGCCAGCGCUGUAGUUCUUGAUUCCCUUUUUUGCAAGGUCCAGAAACUAUCUUCUAAAUACCGGCAUCGUUUUGAAUGCAUGCAGCAUGACUCGAGUCAUCCGGCAAAAGAACCAGGCUAUUCUGGGUGCCGGACACGUAAUCGAUGCAGUAUUCCGAGUCCUGUGUGUCAACACAUCUUGCGAUCGACAAAAAGGCGGUCGGCCAUCCAGGGCAACGUCUUGCGGAG